AUGUUUAAUUCUGAUAUACCGUAUUGGUUCGCUGGUGAUCCUCCAAUAAGACCCGAUCAAUACGACUUUCUGUAUGUAAUGCUUCACGAGUUAUUUCAUGGUCUUGGUUUUGGUUCUAGUUGGGAAGAAUAUUUACCUGGCUUAGUGACUCCAAUGCCGGCCAUAAAUCCGCUAGGUACCACUAAAUUCGAUUUAUACUCGCCAGACCCUCAGCCCAAUGAUAAAUUAAAAUUUUAUGAAUGGGCGUUUGAUAAAUACAUGAUAUUCAGUAAUGGCACAAAAAUCUCAAGUGUUACCACUCAAUUGAAUAAGUUUUUCUCGGGACGUUCGGGGACCCUGUCUGAUCUUGAGAAUAAUUUUGAAAAAUCUAAUCAAUACCCGAUAGCAAAAAACAUGUACUUAAUAUCGCAGACUCCGCAGUCUUUAGGGUUUAUGCCUCAAGGAUCUACGAAUCCGAGUGACUCAUUGAUAUUAGAAACUUCUUUUAAACCCUUCAGGCAAGGCUCUAGUAUUAGUCAUGUAGAUGCGGCAACUUAUGUGAAUACUUCGGACUUUCUUAUGGGGGCGCAAGCCAGAAAUGGAACGACUAUUAAUUAUCUGACUACGAUUUUUACUGGUGGGAACGGCAUUGGUCCUAAAUUGAAGAAAACAUUGGAAACCAUGGGGUACACAAGUUUAGAAAAUCCAAAUCCAUAUAGACCUUCA